AUGAGGAUAAGCAAGGCGACGCUGCUUCAAUUAUUUACCAUCGGCUUAUUUGGCUCGGUGGUCGAUGUAAUUGGCUCGCAGGUGAAUAAGGACCGCCAGCGACCGUUACGUCAGCGGCAGUUAGUUAGUAGUGCACCGGUAGGUGGUCAACAUGACGGAGAUUUUGGUUACAUUUCCGAUGCAAUGCUACCGGAUGGAGAUGUAAGUGAAGGAGGAGGUGGCCAUCCUGGUGGCGGUGGUGUAUCGAAAUCAGAUUUUUCGACUCCGCCACCAUCGUCCUCGGGCACGGUGACUAACGUGAAACCACACCUAUUCGCCGAGCACGACGAUAGUGACGAUGUGGAAGAAGAUGGCUACGAAGAAGGCGAAGAGUUGCUUGGGAACUUCGAUGACGACAGUCGAGGAGCUGAUGAUCGAGGUACGGCGACCGGUGACCAUAAACACGAUUCUCUCGACUACACCGACACCUUCGAGACCGCAGCAAUCGAUCACAUCGAAAGCUUCGGUGCUGCAACGGACGGUACGCCACUUCCGGUUUUUCUGGUUGAACCCAAAAGUGCAUACGUCUUGAAGAAUCGCCCGGUGGAACUGUACUGUAAAGCGUCACAUGCGCUACAGAUCUCGUUCAAGUGCAGCGGAAGCGCCAAACCGCCACCGACUGAGAACGAACACCACACCGACCCUCACAGCGGUAUCCAGCUGCAGGAAGCAACAGCCACCAUCACCCGGGAGUUGGUCGACGAGUACUUCGGCAAAGGCUCAUUCAAAUGCGAAUGCCGGGCGUAUUCAUCCCGUGGCCACGUCAAGACACAACCAGUUACGAUCCAAGUGGCAACCAUCAAGAAGCAAAUUAACAUUACGCCGAAGACCGUGCGCGUCAGUACGGGUGGUCGAGCCGAGCUGAUUUGCAACGCAAGCGCAACUCCGGUGGCCAAAGUAGUCUGGCAGAAGAAUGGUGUUACACUGCACGCCAACCCACCGUACGUCCUGCUCGCCGAAAACUCCCUCCUGAUUGCACGGGUUGAAAUGCAGGACAUGGCCAAUUAUACAUGUAUCGCGGAGAACAUAGCAGGCAAACGUAUUUCGGAACCAGUUCCAAUCACCGUCUUCGUUGAUGGCGGCUGGAGCCCAUGGGGUUCGUGGACCGACUGUAAAUGUCCUGGGCAUCCGAAACAAGGUCAAAAGCGGACGAGAGUGUGCAACAGCCCAGUCCCUCUGAAUAGUGGUGCACCUUGCCCAGGGCCGAGCACUGAAUCAACUUCCGAUUGUCUACCCUGUUCCGAUGAUGUGCAAAUCGUCAAUCCUGACGGCUAUCGUGUGAACGCCGGGCGGUGGUCGAGCUGGUCCGAAUGGACCGAGUGUGGUCCGGACUGUACCCAGACUCGUCAGCGAUCGUGCUUCGGAGCCGCCACGGUGGCCACCGGAGUCACUGCAGCCACAGCCGCUCUGGUAGCCAACAGCUCCGGAUCUGGAGGAACCUCCGAUCGACAACACGCGUUCGUCGUCGACAGCGGAACCAUAAUCAGCUGCGUUGGCAAGAGUCAUCAGUCCGUCAAGUGUUCCGGAGGAAUGUGCAACAACUACUCUAUGCAAGGAAGCAAUAAAAUGCCGACGGAAUACUUCGCAAACGAAAACAAGAAGCUGACCCACUUUCAGCCGGAUCUGACCCAAAAUACGGUGCGCAUCAAUUACGAGUAUCCUUUGACAGCGCAGCGCCAUCAUCAUCAGUCUUCCCUGCUCCACCAGCACGAGAGUAGCCUGCUGGGUCCGGCCAUCGGUCUCCAGCAACUUCGGAACCAAUCGCAGCAACCGCCAACCCUGCCGAUCGGUGGCCUUAAAUCGUCACUGCCACUGCCCCGGUCCAACUCCGAGCCCCAUUACGACGAGCCCCAAUUAUGCAAUAACUACAUCUAUCCACUGGACAAAGUCAGCAUCAAUGAAUCAUACUCCUCGUCCACCUAUUCGAAGCGCGUCUGCAGCGUGGAGUCCCUCGAAACAUCGACCAACACAUCGGAUUCCGCCUACGACCAGGCACCGAUAAUGGGCUGCACGGUACCGGCCAUCCGGCCGACGAAACUCGUCGAGGAACCGGGCAGCGCGUUCCGGAGUGUCGAUGUGACGCAGGCAACACUGACGCCGGCCGGGGCUCUCUUGAAGCUGCCCACCUACUCGACCGCGCUGCUAAUCCCCGAGGGGGCGAUCCCCAAGAGUCAGCGACACAACGUAGUGCUCUCGAUCGUACGGGACAACAAACAUCACAUGCCGUCGAACGCCCGGACCACGUACCUCAGCCCGGUGGUGUUCUGCGGCCCGGUGGACACGAAGGUGAACAAACCGAUCGUGCUGCAAUUUCCACACUGUGCCGAGAAUCUCUCGAACUGGGCCUUCUCGCUGUACAGUGCGCCCGACAAUGUGACACCCUGGACGAAGGUGGUCACGAUCGGCAAGGAAACGAUCAACACGCCGGCGCUGGUGCAGAUCGACAAGCGGUACGCAUACAUCCUGACGGAAACGUUCGGCAAGUACGUGCUGGUGGGCGAGUCGGCCACCGACAUUCAGCAGCGCGUGGCGUGCAAGAAACUGCGGCUAUUCAUUUGCGGUCCACCGACGGUGCCCGAGUUUUCCGACGUCAGCGUAAGGAUCUACAUCGUGGAGGACAACCCGGGCGCGGAGGAACACUGCCGGCACUGGGAGCAGGAGAUCGGCGGAGUGCUGCUCGGCCGGAGCAGCGUGCUGUACUUUGCCGACAUCGGUCGUGAUCUGUCGAUCGAUCUGCGGUGUGUUGGCGGUUGGAAAGCGAAACCACUCAGCGAACGGCAGACGAUCCCGUUCGCGCACGUGUGGAGUAGCGCCGGCACGGCCCUCCACUGUAGCUUUACGCUCUGCCGGACAGAGCACGAUAAGUGUGACUUUAAAAUUGAAGUGCGGGCCUCACAGGACCCGCUGGAUUCGGGCUUCGGCGAUCCACUGACCGCUGCGGAUGGGGCGGCCACACUCAGCUUAUCAUCGUUCGUGCCGAUGUCCCGAGACGGCAGCAGCUCCUGUCAGCACUCGUCCAGCUCGUUCGAGACGAUGACCAUCUGCAGCGUGGGGUCGGCCUCCGCGCACACGAGCGACCACAACGUCAUCACCAUGGACCGCUUCCGGCUGUCGAAGGACGUGAAGCGAAAGCUGUGCAAAUGUCUCGACCCACCGACGGAGAAGCGCAACGAUUGGCGCAUGCUGGCGGCUCACCUACACGUCGAUCGGUACCUAACGUACUUCGCGGCCAGGCCUUCGCCCACCGACCAGAUCCUGGAUCUGUGGGAAUGCCGCAAUCGGGACCUGCACGACGUCCAGCGGUUAAUCGACAUCUGCCGAACGAUGGAACGGCCCGAUGCGGUGGCGAUACUGGAGCAAAUCCAGUCCACGCCAUGGCUGUAG